AUGGCAUUGCAAAGCAGACAAUCCGCACACGGACAAGAGCAGGCCUCGUCUUCUUCCAACCUCGAUUCGGCCUCUUCUACCUCCUCCACGCCUGUCCCACAAGCAUCCCUAGCUUCGCCCUCGUCUUCACAUUCACUGCACGCCUCAUCCUCAAGCACAGUCGACCACGCCAAUCUUGGCACAAGGGAACAUCAGCACACUUUCACCGCCCAAACCGAUUUAACGGAUCGUUCAUACUCGCCAGCAUCUUCAGCGCAGCUCUCCGACUCCUUAGAUCCAGUCGCUUCGUCAUCACAAUUGUCUUCAUUGACGUCGUCGCCUGACGCCGUGCUUUUGCAUACAACCUCCACCGUCGCAAAUGCGCUAGAUCACCCAACGCCAGACUCACAACUUCGUCUGCGCAAGGCAGCGACCCCCCAUACCUCGGAUACCAUCGAUCAACCGCAGAAGCAGGACAACAUGUUUGGCAGCACUCCUCACUCAUCCUAUCUGCCGCUCAAUGCCCGCCGGCAGAUUGGUCCGGCCACAUCAUCUUAUCUUGCAUCAUGGAUUGCCAAACACAAGGCGUUUAUUAUCUUCGUCCUCGUGGCUACCAUCGUUUCAGUCCAGAUCUUGCUCGUCGGUCCUGUCGUCAUGGACAUGGAACCCGUCAAGAAGUUCAGGACCGAGGGCCUUCCAGCCAUCAAGCCGCCCAAGUGGUUCCAGCCCUCCGCAGAAUCCGCCGACUCGUGGUUUCCAUCCUUAGGCGACAGCAAUGCUCCCGUCACGGUUGAGGAGCUCGGCCCCAACUCGUUCCCACCACCGCUGAGCGAAAUCAGCUUGACCGGCGUGCCACAGUCACAAGCCACGCUGUACAAAGACUCCAACCCACAUCGAGGCGAGCUCCCCACCUACCUCGAAGGUGUUCUCAACCGAGACCCUGUCCAUCAACCUCCACCAUGGCCACAGAAGGCACCUUCCAUUUCACCCGAAGUAUGGUCGACACGACUUUGGGAAGAUCGUUCCAGCACCGAAGCUAGCGACGCUGACGAGCCUGCAAAGCAGCCGCUGGAACCAGAGUGGCGCGACGCACACUGGGCCGGCUGGCACCCGCCGCUCGACGAGCUUUCUCAGCCAGCUGAGCCCUUCGCCAAGAUCCAAUUUGCUUUCGAGGAUCCUUCACGUCAUUCGGGCCGCCGCAACGACCCCGCACGCGACGAACUCAUCGCUCAGCGUCAAAAGAUGGUGCGCAACGCCUUCAUUCACGCAUGGGAAGGCUACAAGAAGCAUGCAUGGGGUCACGAUGAGCUCCGCCCCGUCUCCAAGACGGCAGACGACCCCUUCAACGGCUGGGGCGCCAGCAUCGUCGACGCUCUCGACACUCUGCUCGUCAUGGGUCUACCCAAGGAGUACGAUUUGGCACGCCAGCAUGUUCGCGACAUCGAUUUCCGUCUGGUCGGCGGAUCUCGCAGCGCCUAUGGUAGUGCAGAUGGACGCAUUCCAGUCUUUGAGACUGCCAUCCGCUACCUUGGUGGCUUCCUGUCGGCGUACGACCUCAGCGGAGAUGUGCUGAUGCGCCUCCGUGCCGAAGAGCUGGCGCAGCUAAUUCUUCCGGCCUUCGACACGUCGACCGGUGUUCCAAAUGGCCGGAUCAGGAUGGUCGAGACGCCCGAGCAGCCGCAGACGCGUCCGCAGCAGCAGAGCAGCGUCAUUCUCGCAGAAGCCGGCAGUUUGCUUCUCGAGUUUACUCGCUUGUGGCAGGUGACGGGCAAUCGCACCUACUUUGACCGCGUCCAGCGCACCACCGACUGGCUCGAUCGCAAUAUGACGGCUGCAGGACGCAUUGAGACGCUCUUCCCAGCGCAGCUCUAUCCUGAGCGCAACAUUUCGUAUGGGGCCAUCACGUUUGGCGGCAUGUCGGAUUCAUACUACGAAUACCUCAUCAAGGAGCACCAACUGCUCGGUGGACGCUUGAAGCAGUACAGCCGCAUGUACUCGGCUGCGAUUGAAGGCGCUAAGAAGCUGCUCAUCACGCGCAUCGAUACCGUGCCAGGCGUGAGCCUUGUGACGCUCGGCGAGCUGGCUAAUUCGAAGUACACUGCCAAGCUGGAGCAUCUGGCCUGCUUCACCGGAGGCAUGCUGGGCCUGGGAUCGCGCAUCAUGGCGGCGGAAAGAGCGGAUGAUCUCGAACUUGCCAAGGGCAUCACGGGCACCUGCUGGUGGGCUUACAACAGCUCCACUACCGGGAUCGGGCCUGAGAACAUGAUCUUCUAUACCAACGACGACGAUGAUCGCUUCGAGCUUGUCAGCCUUUCUGACGAGACUUCGCGGCGAGGCAAGCCGCGCGGCAGUCCCAUUGUCGGUGUGCGAAGCGUACAGACCAGCUACUUGAAUCGACCUGAGACCAUCGAGUCGGUUCUGUACAUGUGGAGGAUUACGGGGGACACAGCGUGGCAAGAGCGCGGAUGGCAGAUGUUCGCGUCAUGGGUGACGCACUGCAUGACAGAUGUUGGGUUCAGUGCGAUCUACGACGUCAACCGCACUCCGGCUGGCUGGGCUGAUAGCAUGGAGAGCUUCACGUUUGCCGAGACGUUCAAGUAUUACUAUCUACUUUUUUCGCCACCCGACCUCAUCUCGCUCGACGAGUACGUGUUUACGACGGAGGCGCAUCCGUUGUUGGCGCCAAAGAAGGGCAAAUGGGCAAGGGCGGGAGAGGGAAGCAAGAAGUUUUGGGAUGCCGAGGCGGGCGCGGAGGCGCAUCUUCCGCCGCCCGGAUCGGGGAUCUACCCUGGUGGUGAGAUGGGCCAAGUGGGUGGGUUGACCAACAACCAGAAGCAGAUGUUGUGGACGCAGUGGCAGACCAAGAACUCGGCCAACAAGAUUCGUGACCUGAUCAACGGCUUGGGUGGAGACGCGCUCAAGAACAAGUUGCGCAGCUUGGUGGAGCGGGUGGAUCGCACCACGACCUCCAGUAGCGAGGCGAGCGAAGGGGAGGCCAGCGCAGUGGCCACGGAACCCGAAGAGAUCCAGCUCGAUACGCGCCAGGACCACCUGCUCGCUUCUGUAGCCGGAACGUCCAUCUUCCAAGCGCAGGAUGGCACGCUCGAGGUGGAGUUUGCGGAGAACACGGAUACAGCAACACAGAAGGCAGUACUGGAGCAUCUGGAAGCAAACUAUGCUACCAUUGACACCGAUUCUGCUGCGUUGAUCUUGCGGUCUGUCGAUGCGAUUCUGGCAGCGGACGAGGAGGCGGAGCGACAAAGGCAGCAGGAGGCAAUGCAUUUGGCUCGGCUGAGGUCGAAAGGCGUUCGCUAG